UUUUAAGAUAAACAAAUGACAAAUUGGUUAAUCUCAUAGUGGUUUCAAGUGGUUUCAGAUUCGACUUUUUUCGCUAAAUGGUCAAGGUCGCAAAGAUCUUAAGUGCAACAUCGAAAGUUUGCUGUAGUUGGAAGCUUAUCCAGUCUUAUUCCUGACGUAACAGGAGUUUCUAAGAGGUUACGAAGCGCCGGGCCUUCAUUUGGAGCUGAAAUAUCAAGAGUUUCCUGCAGUCGGUGACAGUGACAUUUAACUACAAGAACUAACAGGGAAGCUUAUAAAAUGUGUGAUAAAUUGAAGCACAAGAUCGUUAAAAGCGGAGCAAAACCAGAUAAAGUCACGACAGUCGGACUUCAUGUAGACGAAGAUUGUCCUGAUGGCGGGUACGGUUGGAUCAUUUGUAUGGCUGCUGCCAUCAUUCAGUUCAUUAUCCUGGGUAUUCAUAACAACUUUGGAAUUCUCUACACCUCUUUGAUAAGCGAUCUUCAUUUUAAACCUUCAGAUGCAGCUUGGGUUGGUUCCAUUGCGUUUGGGAUGAACUUCCUCUGUGGUCCAAUCACCAGCAGCUUAUGUCAGAGAUACGGCAUUCGUUUGGUGGCGGCGGCUGGAGGUUUAAUUGCUUCCCUGGGCCUCUUCCUAACGUCAUUCACUAACAGCCUCUACGUCAUUUACCUCACUUACAGUUUCCUUUGGGGCUUUGGCUCCAGUCUAAACUAUGCUCCAACUAUGCUUGUAUUGGGUCAAUAUUUCAAAAGGUAUCUUCCAUUAGCAAACGGAAUAGUUACAGCUGGAAGUGGUGUCGGCACCUUAGCAAUGGGACCAUUGUUUCAUGUCAUUCUCUCAUCAAUGGGCUGGAAAAAAAUGCUCAGGAUUUUCUCUUGUUUAGGAAUUGUCAUGUUCAUAUGCGCUCUGCUUUACCGUCCCCUCCCUGCUAAGUAUAAACGUGCUCAAAAACAGCCUGAAAAGAAGACAAAGUUGUUUGACUUUUCUGUGUGGAAAAUGAAGUCAUUUGUGUUCUGGGUGAUCUCCAUGUCUCUCUUGUUUAUUGGCUAUUUUGUUCCGUUUAUUCAUUUGCCCAAUCACGCAAAAAAUCUUGGAGUGCCUGGCUAUCAGUCCUCUCUUCUGGUCGGUUAUUUGUCUGUCGCCUCUACCGUAUCACGGGUUCUAUUUGGUCUUAUUCUUAAUCAUCCCAGAGUGAACCGCUUUUACGUGUUACAGCUCUGUUUCCUCAUGAUGUCAGUGACCACCACUUUAUGUCCCCUUGCACGAGAUUAUACUGGUCUCAUUCUCUAUGCAGUAGGAUUUGGAGCAUUUGAUGGUUGCUUCGUUCUGUUGAUUGCUAUCACUACAAGUGAUAUAGUUGGAGCUGGAAAACUCCCUGAAGCUUUAGGAGGCUUAUAUGGGGUUAUCGCCAUUCCCAUGAUAUGUGGUUCGCCGCUUGCAGGGUUAAUUUUCCAAGUAACUGGCUCAUAUCAGAAUGCUUUCUUCGUUGCUGGUGGAGCAAUAGCGUUAGGUACUUGUACCUUGUCUCUAAUCCCACUCUUUAUGACGCGGGACGUACAUGAAGAGAUACCUACUGUUCGUGUCGAGCUUUGUGCAGAUCAUUUAGAUAAAGAAGACAAAAGUCAAGACAUUCUGAACGUAGUUUAUCACUCUUCGGGAAAACAAAGGAACUCUGGUUUUCUUUACGACACGAGUAAUUUUGCACUCAGGCGCUCUUUGUCGUGCUUGGCUCUUAGCAGGAUCGGGGAAUCCGUCUGUGGAACACAGUGUAUAUUGGAAAUGCUUGAAAGAGAGUCCAAUGUAUAACGAACAAUGUAUUCGUCUUUUGAUUCAACAUUCAGUCACCAUCAACCUCAGGAGUAAUUAAGUAUCGAUCGGGAACGCGUGCGCUGAAUCUACAACGCCAUUUUUACAAUUCGUUGAUUCGCAAAAUGUAAGGGGAAUUCUCAAGAUUUUAACAUGCAUAUAGGAGCUACGUAAAUGUUUAUAUUUCAUGUUGAAAAAGUUACUUAUUACACCCUAGUAGGGUAAAAUGAAAAAAAAAUUUACAAACAAACAUAAUGCAUGCGUUACAACUGGUUUGAAACUUUUGAUCUGACGUUUAGUAUUUAACACAACACAACUUUAAAACAGUGGUCACACGUGUGCAAAAAGAUUUAAUUACUGGCUUUAAAGUGAUCUGCGGGUAACAGGGAAACCGGUACUUCGAUUUUGUAGAUGAAAUCUGUAGGAUGAUCUUUCGUCGAUCGGUGAAAUAACUUGCUGACCACUUGGCCGAGGGGAAUUGGGUUCAAGGGGCGGCGAGUCUUUCCAAUUCGGGACGAAUUUGAGCAUAUCGUUAAGAAGAUUAGGUGGGUGUUUAACGUUGAAACUUUAUAACUUUCUGAUUAGCCAGAGAAAAUAAAAGACAGCCACUAAGAGUAAAGAAAGCAUUCAUUUCCAUGAUUCAACGGCAAACAGACUUUAAAAUUUUUCUUGGCAACAUUCUAUAAGCUCUUAUUGUUUUCCGGCAAGUCCCUCCCUGGACAACUGGAAUCUACUAAAAAGCAAUGGUUCCCUCAAAAAGGGAACUGUAGCUAUAAGGGCUAAUCUAAGCCACUGAAGCAUAAUAAAAACAGUUUCCUGGUGCUAUCCUAAACUUUCUCUCUAUCUAAGACUUGCGCUUUGAAGUGUCAUUAUCC